AUGGCCUGUCCCGACGACGUCGACGCGCACAGCACCGCUCCAGCGCCCGUCGCUAUACCCGGAGACCGCCCCCAGGACAUCGAGAUGGCUGCAGACGACUCAGCCGCCAGACAUGCCCUUCCUCCCCGUCUCGCAGCGCGGUUCAACCGGGUCUCCGCCACCUACAGACGUGCCUCCGUGCCCUCCAUCUCCCGCCGCAACUCGGCCUCGUCGAUACACUCGAAUCUGACGGUCCACGGAGCUCCCCAUGGCGACCCCAUGGCCCCCCAUAUCCGUCGAAACCUGAUACUGGAAUCCCGCAAGGCUCGUCUGGCCGACAGGGCCGCUCACGUUGAGAAAGUCAGGCUGCGUGCGGCCCUGGCGAAGAACGGCACCAAAACCGCUGCGAUCAAGGAAGAGAGAGCCCGGGCUGCGCAGAAGACCCGGGAGAGACUGCUGGCUGAUAUCACGGCAAAGUGCGAGGAAGAGGUUCGCCGCGCAAAGAAGAAGGCAGAGGACACCGAAGAGAGAAAGGCAGCCCAGCGUGCCAGACUCCGUCUCGAGAUGGUCGAGAAGUUCGCUGAGGCUGAAAGACGCAGACAGCUCUACCAGGAGACCCCCCGUCGACGCCGUACUUCUAGCAUCCCGACUGUCCCGGCUGCGCCGGCUGCGGAAGGGAUAAGGGUCACCAGCGCUGGUGGCGGCCAUACCAAGCCAGCAGCCAUACGUCUCACCCCGUCUGCGGCCGCCCACGUUAUCCAAAGGGUAUGGAGAAACCAUCGCUCACGAGUCCUGGUUGGAAAGUACCUGGGCCUGAAUCUCACUCUCGAAAGGAUCGGGUUACUAGGCUUCGAGAGGACCGGAGCUCUGGUGGCCAGUGAGACCACUCUGGAUGUGACCGCAGCCAUGCUUCGGCUCUGCGGCCUGCAGGAUACCCAGGGAGGUGCUCUCGGCGAAAGAGGCGCCGUCCGCAUCUUUCUCAGCAGUUAUGUCAUUGCAGCCUUUCCAGAGCACGUCCUGAGCAGCGAUGGGGAGCAGGAACAGGACCUGAUCGCCAAAGCCAGGGAGCUGCUUGUUAUCUUUCAAAACCUGCUUGAUAAGAUCGCUGUACGUGGCCUGGCCAACAUCUCGUUGUCUCCCAACAUGCUCUCCUUGUCAGAGGCCUACAAUAUGUUUGUCUCUGCCUUCCACGCUUGGAAAUCUCGUGAUUCCACCGUGCUCAUCGAGAUCAUGGUUGCUCAGUUUACAGAGCUUGAGCUUAUCUGGCAGACGGUCAAGAAUGAUCGGGCGGGGGGUGUUGCAGAUGACUACCAGCAAGGCAUCCGGUACAACCAGACCUUGCUCCUUGCGAGGUUGAAACGCCUUGUUGGAUCCGAGAAGGCUAUGAAACUGAUCAAGAAGUCCCUGAAGAAAGCCAAAAGCACUAAACAGGCCAAUGUAGCCACCGAGAAUACCAUCCCCAGGGCGGUCGACAAACCGUCGGCUUCGGCCGAGGCACUGACGGAGUCAUCGAAGCCACCGUUUGAAGAAAUGCUUCACUACGCAACCGCUAACUUACCAGAAUCCCGCCUCGAGGAAGAAUCAAUCUCUCCCCAGGACCGGCUAACCAGGGUUCUGACUGCUCUCCCUAACAACCGAACGCUAGUCCACGAACUCCUGAUCAACAGAGACUACCGCAUCGAACAGGACCACUAUACCCGAGUCCGUCGACAGAUCAUGAAUCAUGUUUGUGAUAUAAUGAGAAGAGAAGUUGCCGCUGGCUACGGCACAAAGUGGACUGUUGCUUUAGCCACAGUCAUCCAAGAUAGACUACUACGUUUCCUCAAGCAGGGAAAUUCCUUGCAUAAUCUGAUUACCGAAGUACUUGAUCCUGCCCAUAUUGAAAAACAGUGCAAUUCAGGCACCUUUUCAUAUGACACCUUCUUUGAUUUUAUGGGGAAUAUCCUUUCAAAACUGUGUGCUCCAUUUCGAGAUGCCGUUGUUGAAGAGUUUGCAAAGGACAAGUCGGGAGACGAAAUCGACCGUCUUUCACGGCUGAUGGGGAUAAUCGAUCUACUCUCGCUGGAUCACACCAACUUCAUGCUCCAGGUGGUGUCGCCUCAGUUAAUCGAAGAAGCACCCCAAUAUGAACAACGGAUGUUUGAAAGGGAUCUACAGAAUGGGUCCAUUACACUUGACAGUACUAGGGAGUUCUGGAAGUCAAAUCUUACCAUGUUUGGUGCUACCGACUCACAGCCAAUCAUGGGCAAGAUCUAUGCUCAGGGAAUGGUUGAUCUUGUGCUGAGCAACACAAUCACUUCCCAAAGACGUAUUCCCGAGACUCUCCAUGCUGACUAUGCUAGGCUUGGACAGCUCCGAUCUCAAGGCUUCAAGAUUGCCGCUACUGCUUCAAUAUUGCUUACUGCAAAAAAUCUCCUGAAACGCGAUGUGCGAUCUCAAUGGAAGAGCGAGGCAGAUCGAAUUUUAUCCCUAGACUGGCACGAUAUCAAGGCUGAGCGUAUUCAAUCAAUCAUCGAUUCCACUCAUCCGAUGCCCACAGCGGCCAGGUCCCAGCUCUUGAGCACAAUAAAGCGUGUGGUUGGCCCAGCUCUGGUCGCAGCAAAUGCAGCGUCUGCGCUUGCGCCUCCUAGUUUAUCCGUCACCACAACAUUCCAGUCUUUCACUGUCAGGCCGUGCCCCAGCCCAUCAGACGCUGGCUCUGAUUCCUCGGGCAACCCCACAUCCUUUACAGAUCCGGUGGCUCGACUCAUGCUCACUAGACUUCGAUCUCAUAUUCUAGCUCGUUUGAGCGCCACAAACACCAGAGAACGAGUGAAGAUGACCACCACUGCAAGCCAAGGACUUGCCAGUGCCGGAAUGCCUGAGUUUGUUAGUGAAGUGGGCAAAAUCGUGGAAACUCUUGACAAAGUCCGUGAGGUUGACUGGUUGUGUCAUGGACUUGUCCACGAGAAGAUCUGGCAUGAGAUCUCCGCCAGCGCCUGA